UACCGAGAGAUGCUUUUGUGUGUCAAAAGCUUUCGGGAAGUAGGCUAUUGCGCUUCAAUAAAAAGGAGACGCUAAAUAAUCCGAAAAUGCAACCUCCUCCCAGAAAGGUGAAGGAGACCCAGCAGGUGAAGAUGGCCUUUGCGGAGCAAGUGGGGCGGCUGCAGAGCAAACAGCAGCAGGAGGUAGAACUGCUGGAGGACAUCAGGUCCUUCAGUAAACAGCGUGCUGCCAUAGAACAAGAGUACAGUCAGGCCCUCCAGAGACUGGCCAUACAGUUCCAGAGGAAAGACUGGCAAAGAGGCAAGGGAGACUCUUUGAACUCUGGGAGUGUGUUUGCUGUGUGGAGGUCUCUGAUUGAGGCCACGGCACAGAGUGGAGUGUGUCGUCUCACGGCGGCCGACGGAUAUCGCUCACUCACUGCCGACGCUCUGAAGAGCCUGAGGGCAGCCAAGGAGCUGAAGGCCAAGAGGGGUCUGGAGCAGCUGCAGAGAGUACAGGGUGAGGUAGUGGAUGCACUACGAGAGCUCCACAAGGUCAAGAAGAGAUACUACCAGCUGAGUCACAUGGCUAACGUGGCCAGGGAGAAAGCUGCUGACGCACAGGCCAAAUUCAAGAAGAGUGACCAUGGAAUUUUCCAUUUUAGGACAGGCUUGCAGAAAAUGAGUUCAAAGCUGAAUACCAGGCUGAGGGAGUGUGACCAGAGACUGACAGAGGUGCGUAAUGAGUACCUUCUAACACUGUCUGCCGUCAACUCUCAUCACCAAUACUACUACACUGCAGAGCUGCCUGCCAUCAUGAGGAGACUGGACAGUGACCUGUAUGAGCAAAUCCGAGAACACUUCACUCUCUUGUGCUGCACAGAGAUCGACACCUGCCGGUCAACGCAUAGUAACUUUAGCAAGAUCUGCGAGAACUACACCAAGGUGUCUAGAGAACGGAACAUCCAGAUCUUCCUCCAGGAGUUCCCGGUCUUCACCAGAACAGCCGGCUUUCACUUCCAGGUUGCCCCUAAAGACAAGGUGUGCAUUCUGAAGCAACAUAUCUCCAGUGCUGAGGGGGAGAGCUGUUUGGACAAGGAGGCCCGCAAGUGGUCUGCUAAGGCUGCCAAAGACUACAAGAUCAUCUCACACGGAGAUAGGGCACUGCAGAUGCUGGACAGGCGUUUCAAACUGCUGUCAGGAGACACAGGAGUCAGCGUGGAACAGAAGAUGGUGGGGGUGAAGGAGAGUGUGAGGAAAGCACAGGUGAGCCGGGUGAAGGCGGAGUCCAGGCUGGCGCUGCUGGCGUCGGCGGGGGUGGACGUGGAGCCAUGGGUGAGCAGUGCUAUGACCCAGGCAGACGAGGAGCUGGAGAGGGACAGGAGGCUGAGCGAGGCACGCAUGUCCAACGGAGAUAUCUCCGAGGACGAGUUUGAGUUCACAGACUUCGACGACUACGAUGAAGAUGGUGACACUUUCAUCGAUUCAACUUCCUGCUCGGUGCCGUGUGGAUACCCCUUGGCUUGCAUGGUUCUCUACAGCUAUCAGGCCUGCCAAGGAGACGAGCUGUCAAUCACAGAGGGAGAAGAGCUUCAGGUGAUAGAGGAUGGAGACAUGGAGGACUGGCUGAAGGCCCGUAAUGCAGCAGGCCAGGUUGGCUACGUCCCUGAGAGGUACCUGCAGUUCCUGUGGUCACCAGGAGAGGGCUCCUCUGUCUGCCUGGCGCAGGGCUUCCCUUGUCCCCAGCUGGACUGGUCCUUCAACAGUUCCAGCUCCUCAUCAGAACAUUCCAAGAGGCAGCAGGGCCGCUCCCCUCACUCUGGGGGUCUGGCACGGGCUCUGUUUGAGUACCAGGGCCAGGGUCCAGAGGAGCUGUCCUUCCCAGAAGGGGCGGUCAUUAGGCUGCUGCGCUGCCGCCAGGGGGAGGUUGACGACGGCUUCUGGGAGGGAGAGCUGGACGGACGCUUGGGGGUCUUUCCUUCUCUGGUGGUGGAGCUGCUGGGGGACGGGGAGAAAGAGGAGGAAGAGGAGAGCCUUCCCACCCCCACUCUUCCUCCAUUCUCUCCACCCAUCCCUAUUUCUGGAACCCCCUGCAGUCUCCUCUGCUUCUCAUCUGGCCCUGGGUCCUGGUCUGUAAACAGUACGCCCCCUAAGGACCCGGAGGACAGGUUGCAGGCUUCUUUCUCACUGAAAUCACAGAGCCUGUCAGACAGCAGGGCAGAGAGUGCAGGCAGCACACGCAGCUCACCUGACCUCUCAGCUGGAAGAAUACGACCGACAAGGGCUCCCCCUCUUCCCCCGACUCAGAGACACUCCCCCAUGCCCUGAGGAAGCAUGUGUGGGGGAGUGUUCAGAAGAGACAGAGUGGACACCACAGGAGAGUCUGGUGGUGCACACCCUCACCGGGACUUGUACAGUAUGUAGCUACCAGGUGAGCUUUGUCUCUUCCUGACAGGCUACACUAUUUUUGAAAGUUAGUAUUCUUGUAUUGUUUAUGUGAUAAUAUGUCAAAAA